AUGAAUUGGGGCCCACUUCAAGAUGUCAAGUUCAUCCAGGUCAUGAACUCGGUGCUCGACAGUGAAACUCCUUGUGAGAAUGGUUUCCGUAAACUCAACUGGGAUCGAUUAGAGCAUGCUUGGAUUGGUGCUCGUACUGAUAGAGAUGGAACUACCUUGGCAUCACUGAAGAAAUGUAAACAAUACAUCUGUGAAUGGUCUCUAGAUGAAGUUCUUGUACGAUAUGUUGGUUUUGGCAAGGUGGAGGAUGAGUGGGUGAAUGUGAAAAACGAGAUGCGAGAGAGAUCUAUCCCAUUGGAACCUUCAGAUUGUCCCAAGGUGAAGGAUGGAGAUCUUGUACUAUGUUUCCUGGAAAGGGGUGAUUAUGGCCUCUACUUUGAUGCUCGUGUAGUAAGAAUCCAGAGGAGGCUACACGAUGCGACAGAUUGCACGUGCAUCUUCACUGUUCGGUUUCUCCAUGACAACUCUGAGGAAGAAAUUCAUUGGAAAGGGGUAUGCUAUAGACCUGCACAAGGCAAUUCUACACAAGAGAAGUUUGUUGUCUUUCAUAACUCCCCAAAACCUACACAAGAGAAAUCUAAUGUCGCCCAUAACUCCCCAGGACCAACCAUAGAACCGAGCCUAAGUGACAUCGAGAACUUGUGGCCAUGUGCAAUUCCAUAG